AUGGAUGAAGACUGGAAUGAAACAUUGAAUAUACCCUUUAUAACUCUUGGUGGGUAUGUGGAAAUGGAAAAGUACAGAUAUCUGUAUUUUAUGAUUAUUUUCACAGUUUAUAUUCUGAUAAUCUGCUUUAAUUCAACUAUUGUAUGCCUGAUUGUGAAACAUCAAAACCUUCAUGAGCCUAUGUAUGUUUUCAUUGCAGCUCUGCUAAUUAACUCUGUAUUUUACAGCACCAUUACGUACCCAAAGCUUCUGGUUGAUAUUUUAUCUGAGAAACAGGUCAUAUCUCAUUCAAUGUGUCACUUUCAAUAUUUCAUGUUUUACUCUUCCUGUGGGUCAGAGGUCUUACUGUUGGCAGCCAUGGCUUAUGACAGAUAUGUCUCUAUAUGUAAACCUCUGCAACAUCCAAUCAUUAUGAACAAAACCACUAUUACUAUUUUCUUAGUUUUGGCCUGGCUUCUGCCUUCCUUGCAGUUAGCAGCACAAGCUGCAUUGAGUUCAUACAGAAAAAUCUGUGGCUUCACUUUGAUAGGAAUCUUUUGCAACAACUCUGUUUUCAAGCUUCACUGUGUGAGCUCAAGAGUGAUUACUGUCUAUGGUGUAAUAAUGUUUCUUAACCUUGGCAUUUUCCCUAUGCUCUACAUUAUUUUCACAUACACAAAGAUAUGUGUUGUAUCCUAUAGAAGUUGUAGGGAAGUCAGGAGAAAAGCUGCACAGACCUGUCUACCACACCUGCUGGUUUUAAUCGGUUUCCUUUUGCUGAUUGCGUACGACGUCAUUGCAGUUCGACUGGAAUCAUACAUUCCAAAAGCUGCACGUUUGAUAAUGACCUUACAACUGAUUUUAUAUAAUCCUCUCUUCAAUCCAAUCAUAUAUGGACUAAAAAUGAAAGAAAUUCAUAAACACCUCAAGAGGUUGUUCUGGUUGCGGAGGCAACAGUCCAAGCAGAUCAACCCAAACAUCCCUCUCCCAAGCAACCCUUUCCAGCUCCUCCUGGAGGAUUCCGAGGUGAUCCCAGACCAGAGACUUGGAGAGCCUUGGAGGGGAAAAGAGCUGGUCCAAUGUCCCAUGCCAGGACCAAAACCACAUUACUCCGCCUGUAUCCAAGAUACUGCAACCUCGGAGAAGGACAUGUCAGCUGGAUCUAAGAGCUCCUCACAGUGUUCCUUCCAACGCCGAACGAAGUCCCCAGUCUGGGACAGCAAUUCUCCACCCCUGCGGAAAACAGCCUGGGUACGGCCCUGCUUUCCCUUCCUUAGCCACCUGACGGUUUGCCAAAACCUCCUUGAGGCCAACCUAAAGAUGUUCUACAUGGCCUCCCCGAACUCCUCCCAUGCCUGGGUUUGUGCUUCGCCAACCAGCGAUGCUGCAAUCCACCGAGCCACCCAGUACCUGUCAGCCGCCUCUAGAGACCCCUGGGCUAGCCAAGCCUGA